GGAAGCCUGCACUGGAGGCCCCCGGGUCUCCUCGGAAGCCGGACUGCAUCCACUGUGUGAGACGGGAUGGCACCCCCCACCAGUGUGCCCUCAUCAUUGCUGCUGCUGACGGCUGUUGCAGGUUGUGCCUGUGGCCCGUGCCGCGAGGGGAGGACGUUCGCCAAUGCCGUCAUUUCGCCGGACCUGGCAACCACCAGGAUCGCGCGGGGGCCUCCGGGCACCCCCGCCGUGGACUGCACGGCCGCGUGCUGUGAGCUGGCCGGCUGCGACCUGGCCUGGUGGUUCGAGGGCCGCUGCUACCUGGUGAGCUGCCCGCGCUCCGAGAGCUGUGAGCCCAAGACCGUGGGCUCCAUCGGGUCCUUCCUCACCUUUGUGCGCAGGCCGGCGCGGCUGCUGGACCGCGGGGCGAUGCUGCUCAACAGGGGGGCGCCCUCGGGACUCUGGGGCGACGCGCCGGAGGAGAUCAGGAAGGACUUGCCCUUCCUAGGCCAAGAGCGGGGCCCAGAGGAGACGCCGGAGUACUCGGACGACUACGGGGAACCCGAGCGAGCCCCCGAGCGGCCCCUCGGCAAGCCGGGGCCCAGAGGGAGCGCCGAGCACACGGCCUGGGGCCCGCGCCCCGGCGGCCAGGCCGGCGGCAGCCCCUCUGCCGGAGGCGGCCUUCCAGGGGCCGCCGAGAAGCAGGACCGCCCUGCGCUGCAUCCGCUGAACGCGCCCCCGUGGGCCGCGGCCCCACAGCAGUCUCCGGAGAGCGGCUCGUUGCCAUCCUCGGUGACAGUUCCACCUUGGGGAGAGGCGUUGGGAAAGGAGGCCUUUCAGCGCCAGGAGCGACCCAGCGCCGGCUCUGGAAGAGAGGUUUUAAUAUCUUCCCGUCAUCCUCCUCCAGCCAGAGUGGCGUUCAGCCCAGCCUCCACAGAGAAGAGCCCACUUCCCACAGUCCCUGCGUGGAGCCCAGAGCAUGGUGCCCUGACCCCUCCCACUAGCCUUGUCCCCACUGAGCCCACCCCACCAGAGCAACCUGCGUCUCCGACCGCUGCUUCCAGGACAGUGAAAGCACUCACGGUGUCCGCCGGCGAGAAUCUCGUAAUGACUCUACCGGAGAACCAAGUGGACCUGAAGGCUUUUGUUGUGCGCGCGCCCCCUGCAGAAACCACCUACAGCUACGAAUGGAGUUUAAUAAGCCACCCUGUCAACUACCGAGAUGAAAUAAAAGAAAGACACACGCAAACUCUUCAUGUCUCUCACUUGUCAGCAGGACUUUAUGCCUUCAAAGUAGCAGUUUCUGGUGAAAAUGCCUUUGGAGAAGGAUUUGUCAAUGUCACAGUUAAGCCAGCCAGAAGAGUCAACCUGCCCCCCACAGCGGUGGUUUCUCCCCAGAUGCAAGCCCUCACCCUGCCUUGGACGUCGGCCUUCCUCGAUGGCAGCCAAAGUACGGAUGACACUAAAAUCGUGAAUUACCGCUGGGAAGAAGUUAGCGGCCCCUUCCGAGAGGAGACUCCCACAGAUUCCCCCGUCCUACAUCUGUCUAACCUCGUUCCUGGAAACUACACUUUCAGAUUGACUGUUACAGACUCGGAUGGAGCCUCUAACUCCACAACUGCAGCCCUAAUAGUCAACAGUGCUGUGGACCAUCCUCCAGUUGCCAAUGCAGGACCAAAUCAGACCAUAACUUUGCCCCAAAACUCCAUCACUUUGAAUGGAAACCAGAGCAGUGAUGAUCACCAGAUUGUCCUCUAUGAGUGGUCCCUGGGUCCAGGGAGUGAGAGCAAAGAGGUGGCCAUGCAGGGCGUUGAGACACCAUACCUUCAUUUGUCGGCCAUGCAGGAAGGAGACUAUAUGUUCCAGCUGAUGGUGACAGAUUCUUCAAAGCAGCGAUCCACGGCUGUGGUCACUGUGACUGUCCAGCCCGAAAGCAACAGGCCUCCGGUGGCUGUGGCCGGCCCGGACAAGGAGCUGGUCUUCCCAGUGGAGAGCACCACCCUGGAUGGCAGCAGGAGCACUGACGACCAGGGCAUCGUCCUCUACCACUGGGAGCACGUCCGAGGCCCUGGCGCCGUGCAGAUGGAAAAUCCCGACGACGCCGUAGCCACGGUGCGCAGGCUCCGGGUGGGGACCCACCGCUUCCGUCUGACGGUGACUGAUGGGCAGGGGCUGAGCAGCACAACCACCCUCACUGUGGCCGUGAAGAAGGGAAAUAACAGUCCUCCCAGAGCCCACGCCGGUGGCCGCCACGUGCUUGUGCUUCCCAAUAACUGCGUUACUUUGGACGGUUCGAGGUCUACCGAUGACCAAGGAGUUGUGUCCUACCUGUGGGUCCGGGACGGCCAGAGCCCAGCUGCUGGGGAUGUCAUUGAGGGCUCCGACCGCAGCGCAGCCCUGCAGCUUACCAAUCUGGUGGAGGGCGUCUACACGUUCCGCUUGCAAGUUGCUGAUGGUCAGGGGGCCUCGGACACGGACACGGCCACCGUGGAAGUGCGGCCAGACCCUAGGAAGAGUGGACUGGUGGAGCUGACCCUGCAGGUGGGCGUGGGGCGGCUGACCGAGCAGCAGAAGGACACCCUCAUGAGACACCUGGCGGCCCUGCUGAACGUGCCAGACUCAGACGUUAAGGUUCAGAAGAUCCAGGCCCACUCGGACCUCAGCACCGUGAUUGUGUUUUAUGUCCAGAGUGGGCCGCCUUUCGAGGUUCUCAAAGCUGCCGACGUGGUCCACAGUUUGCACAGGCAGCUCUCAAAGGAGAAGGCCGAUUCCUUGCUCUUCAAAGUCUUGAGGAUCGACACAGCAGGCUGCCUUCUGCAGUGCUCUGGCCACGGUCACUGCGACCCCGUCACGAAGCGCUGUGUGUGCUCCCGGCUGUGGAUGGAGAACCUGAUACAGCGUUACAUCCGGGAUGGGGAGAGCAACUGCGAGUGGAGUAUAUUCUACGUGACGGCGUUGGCUCUCACUGUCCUCGUGCUGAUCGGGGGCUCGCCCUGGCUUUGCAUCUACUGCUGCAAGAGACGAAAAAGGACUAAAAUAAGGAAGAAAACCAAGUAUACCAUCCUGGAUAACAUGGACGACCAGGAGAGAAUGGAGCUGAGGCCCAAGUAUGGUAUUAAACACCGAAGCACAGAGCACAACUCCAGCCUGAUGGUGUCCGAGUCUGAGUUUGACAGUGAUCAGGACACAAUCUUCAGCCGAGAGAGGAUGGAGAGAGGGAAUCCAAAAGUUGCUAUGAAUGGUUCCCUCAGAAACGGAGCUUCCUUCAGCUAUUGCGCAAAGGACAGAUAAUGGAGCAGUUUGUAAACUCGAAGGCUACCCACAGGAAUCGCUGAAUCCAGGACCAGUUAAUGGGAGUUAAAACACAGAACUAACUCUUGUUAGAAUAGUGCAUUAAUGUCCUUUCACACGGGCUGGAUGUGUGUCCCUGUAUUUAAAAGAUCUGUUUUCUUGGGGUGUUGGAGACAUGAAACAAAACAGAAACGUUGCUCUUUUAAACAGAGAUGCUUGCUAACAGGGAUACAGGUUGGGUCAGGUACUAGGUAUACACGUAGAAGAGUUUCGUGUUUCGUAGGUGGCACAGUAUUUAUAUUACCUAUGUGGAAAUAAAGACUACCCCUGUGUCUAUCCACAGACCUUUAGGUAAGUUAAACACGCAUUUAAAGAGGGCUGAUUUCUCUUUGGAGCUGCGAUUGCCUUUGAGGACGACGUUCCGAACAUGGUUUUUCUGGUAGGACCCACACAGUCACAUGGCUGCGUAUAUUACAGUAGCUUACUUGAGGUGUGGGUUGUCUUCUGUGUGGCAAGUUUUCUGUGCUGACUGAGACCCCCGUACAGAGCAAGCCCCCCAGUAUGUUUAUUCCUUGCUGUGGCCAGCCACCAUUUGCCCUCCGU